AUGGGGGACUGGGCCGACGCCGUCCCCAUGGAGGAGGAGGAGGAGAAGCCUCGGCCCCCGGGGGGGCGGGAGGAUCCGUCGGGACCCGGCGAGGAGGGGGGGCGUCCUGGCAGGGCUCCCCCCGAACCCGAGGGGCCCCUACGCCCCGGGCAGGUCCUGAUGAAGGCCCUGCAGCGCGCAGUGAGCAGCGGCUUCGCAGGCUGGGCCGGGGGCGAAGACUCGGUGCGUAAGCGGCCGCCGCGAUGGUGCUGGGGAGCCCGGGCUGAGGGCGGCACGGCGGAAGGGGGGCUGCCGGGGGCUCUGGAGCAGCUGCAGCUCAGUUGCGCCGCUUCGCUGCGGGCGCAGCUCCUCCUCGGCGCCGCCGCAGGCGGGGAGGGCGACGGGGAGGAGGAGGAGGUGGAGCUGGUGGCCGAGGUGCGAGUGGCUGACCUGGGGGAGCUGGCGGCCGCCUCGGGGCUGCUGCGGCGCGAGAGGCCGCGUUCCCGGCUCGUCCGCUCGGCGCUGGCGCGCUCCGGGGGGUCCCCCUUCUGCCCCCGUCCCCCCUUUUGUCCCCCCCCCGGCUCCCCCCCUGCCCCACCGGACCCGCCGCGCGCCCCCCCCCGACGCCGGGCCGGCCCCGGCGCCCCCGCGGCCCCCGAACUGCCGCCCCAGGAGGUUCGGGGGGGCCCCCCCAGCAACCUCCGCAGGGCCCCCCCAAUCCUCGCGAGGAACCGGCGCGGACGCAGCCUCCCGGAAGCGCUCUGGAAAAGGCCGAUUCUUCUUCCUCGUCUUCCUCGUCGUCUUCUUCCUCUUCCUCUUCCCGCUCUUCCUCCUCGUCCGCCUCUUCGUCGUCGUCGUCCUCGCAGCCCGGCGCCCCCCCCCGCGCCGCCGCCCCGCCCGCGCUCGCCGGCCUUGGAUAUUUAUGACCCCUUCCACCCCACCGACGAGGACAACCCCGACUUCGCCUACGGAGGAACCGCUUCUUCCUCGCCCGGCAAAGAACCCCAAAGCCGUCAGGACCAGAAGUACGACCCUUUCGACCCCACCGGCUCCAACCCCAGCUCCUCGCGCAGCAGCCCCAGCCCGGACGAGGAAGAGGAAGAGGAGGAGGAAGAGGAAGAAGAGGAAGAGGAAGAAGAAGAGGAAGAGGAAAGCGCUCGGCCCGACGUCGCCCACAGCAUCAGCCGCAUCUCGGAGACCUUGGCCGGCAUCUACGACGACAACAGCCUCAGCCAAGACUUCGAGAAGGAGCCGGAACCGCCGCCGCGGCCCUCGCAGAACCCGCCGGGCGCCGACUCCACGCUGCCCGAGGAAGAGGAAGACGACGAGGAAGACGACGAGGAGGAAGAGGAUGAAAGCUCACAGCCCCCCGGCGCAGCCGUGGCCGAGCCGCGCCGCCGCGUUUUCGUGGUGGAUUUGGCCACCAAGAGCCGCCCGGAGAGCGACGCUCACGCCAAGCUGGAAGGCAAAGUGUCGCUGGAAGUGGUGGCCGCCGGCAACCCCAAAGCGCCGGCGGCGCAGCCCCGCGCCGGCACCGCCAAACCCAACCGGCACCGCGGCCGCCGCGAGUGGGGUUUGAGCGGCGGCGGCGGCGAUUCGGAGAUCGAGGAAGGGGAGAUCGUGCAGCCCGAGGAGGAGCGCUACAGCCCUCUCCGCAUCUUCAGCGCCGGCCGAGGCCGAACGGCCGAGCCGCGGCCGCCGCGGCUGCCGGAGGGCGACGAUUUCCUCUCGCUCCACGCCGAUUCGGACGAGGAAGGGGAUUUCGGCGCCGACAGCCAACCGGAUCCGCGCUGGAAAGGAGGCAAUUCCGACCUGCGCCGCAAAAUCCUCAGCCAGCGCCGCCUCCGCGCGCCGCCCUCGCCGCGCUCGCCGUCCGCCGCCUCCCGCAAGAAGCCCAAGCGCUCGCGGGAGCGAGGAGGGGCGGCCUGGGGGGGCAAAAAGCCCCCCGAGCCGCCCCCCAAAUCCAAGGAGCGGCACCGGCGCCGCGGCUCCCGCUCCCGCUCCCGCCGGCGCUCCUGGUCACGAGGCCGGCGGUCGCGCUCGAGGGAGAAACGCCGGAGCCGGCGUUCCGGCAGCGGCGAGCGGCCGCGGCGCUCCCGGCACAAGGAGAAGCACCGCGGCGAAGGGAAGAAGAAGAAGAAGCAGCGCUCGCGCUCCCGGGAACGCCGGCCGUCGCGGCGGCCAUCGCGGGAAACCGCCGGCGAGUCCAAAGCGGAGAAAGGCUCGGAGGCGGCGUCGCGGCGGCGCGAGGCGAGGGCCGUGGUGCCGCCGUCCGUGCAGGAGUUGAACGACGCCGACCUCUUCGCCAUCAAGAGAACCAUCACCGUCAGCCGCCGCGAGGGAACGCCGGAGCCGGCCAAGCGCGAGGUGCUCUACGAUUCCGAAGGGUUGAGCUUCGAAGGGUUUUCCGACCGGGAGCCUCCGGAAGCGGCGGCGCGGGGCGGCAAAGGCGAGGCGGUGCGCCCCGAAGCCAAGAAGGAGAAGGAGCGGAAGCGCAGCCGAGCGGAGGAGCGCCCGCCGGCGCGGGAGAAGUACAAGAAGAAAUUCAAGGAGGCUUCCGGCCGCCUCCCGGCGCCGCCGCCGCCGCCAUCCUCGGAGCCGGCCAAGGCCGAGAAGGAGAAAGCGGCGCGCGGCGAGCGGGAGAAGGCGGCCCGGAAGAGCAAAGGCGCCGGGCACAAGGACGGCGAGGGGCUGGCGGCCAAGCCGGCGCCGUCCCGGAAGGUGAAGCUCCAAUCCAAGGUGGCCGUUCUCAUCCGCGAGGGCGUCAGCUCCACCACGGCGGCGGGGAAGGAAAACUCCUCCGGCGGCUCCAUCGGCGUCAAAUUCAGCCGCGACGCCGAAAGCCGGGCGCCGUUCCUGAAAGCCGAGGAGAAAGCGGCGGCCGAGGCCAAAGGCGGCGGCGGCAAGGCGGAGCCCGCCAAGGAGUCGGCCGUCAAGGUGAAGAAGGCCAAAGGCGCCAAGGCCAAGGCCGGCGUGAAGAAGGCCAAGGGCGCCGGCGGCAAAGCCAAAGGCGGCGGCGAGGCCCGCAAGAAGCGCAAAGCCAAGCCGAAAGGUUCGCUCAAGAAAUCCAAGGCGGACAGUUGUAGCCAAGGCGGCGGCGGUUCGCCGCUCCGCUUACCGGCCAAGGCGGAACCGGCCUGGUCCGGCUCGGAAAAAUCAGCCAACAGCCCCAAAGCCGGCGGCAGUCCCCCCUCCGGCAAAGCCAGCGCUGCUCCGGCAGCGCCCGCGGUGCCGCCGGCGCCCGAGCGGGAGUUGACGCCGGACUCGCAGACGGUCGACAGCAGCUGUAAAACCCCCGAUGUCUCCUUCCUCCCCGAAGAGGGUCCGGCGAGCGGCGGCGCCGCCGUGGGACCCCCUCCGAGCACUGCCGCCACCACCACCACCGCGGCGGCAUCGGCGUCGUCAUCGGGGGGUCCCGGCGGUACCGAACCUCCCCGCGGCGAUCCCGAAGCCGACAGCCGCUCCGAGGCCAAGGACGAAGCGGGGCGGCCGCUGGGAGCGCCUGCGGUGCCGUGGAACCUGCAGGGCGGCGUGGACUGCGCCACCAGCGGCGUUUUGGCACUGACGGCGUUGCUGUUCAAGAUGGAAGAGGCGAAUCUGGCGAGCAGGGCCAAGGCGCAGGAGCUGAUCCAGGCCACCAGCCAGAUCCUGAGCCACACGAAGGCGCCCCCCACCCUGGGUGCCCCCCAGCCCCCCCCCACCGCCGCCGCCGCCCCCCCCGCGCCCCCCCCGUACCUGCUGCACGGGGCCCUCCCGCUCGGGGGGUGCCCCACGGCCCCCCCCACCCCCACGGGGCUGCCAGGGCUGGGGGGGGGCGCGGCGGCAGCGGUGGCGGCGGCGGCGGGGGGGGCUGCCCCCCCCCUCUAUGGGGGCACCGACGGAGCCAAGAGGGACGGGAGCAGCUCCGAGGGACGCGGGGACACCGACAAGUACCUGAAGAAGCUGCACACGCAGGAGCGGGCGGUCGAGGAGGUCAAGUUGGCCAUCAAACCCUACUACCAGAAGAAGGAGAUCACCAAGGACGAGUACAAGGACAUCCUGCGCAAAGCCGUCCACAAGAUCUGCCACAGUCGAAGUGGGGAGAUCAACCCGGUCAAGGUCAACAACUUGGUCCGAGCCUACGUGCAGCGUUACCGUUAUUUCCGGAAGCGGGGGCGGCGCGGGGGGGGCCCCGAGGAGCCUCUGCCCGGGGGGGGGCCCCAAAAAGAUUUGGGGGGGCCUUUAGACAAAGCUUCCCUCCCUAUGCCCCCCCUCUGA